GCCCCAGCGCGCCCAGCAGCGGCGCCGAGCCGGACGACGCCGGCUGGGGCUGGCCUUCGCCGCGGUGCCGCGGCUCCGGCGGCUUCGCGCGCGGACGGCACGGCGCCGCGGCGGCGCAGGCUCCGGGCGCCGAAGGCGGCCCGGGCGCGCCCAGCGGGGCCGAGUGGGGCGGCGGCGCGGAGCCCUCUGAGGGCGGCGUCCCUGCCAGCAAGGGCCAGUCGUCGACGUGGGCGCGCGAGCGGGGCGACGCUGAGGCGGUGUCGGCCCUGGACCAGAGGACGAAGGACCUCGACCGCCGCGUGGAGCACAUCCAGGCGCUCGUGGCCACGCUGCGCGGUGAGCUGUGGGAGGAGCUGGGGGCAAGAGUGGACAGGCUGGACGCGGAGCUGCGGGAGGCGAUGGAGCUGCGGGUGCCGCAGCUCGCGCAGCCGCUGCUGGAGGCGGCGCUGCAGGACCAGCGCUGGGACGCCCUCGCGGAGGCCCGUCGUCCUGGGGGCGCCACGCAGAGGGCCGGCUCCGCGACGGGCGAGACCGAUGGCCGAGGGUGGCGCCUGCUGCUGCCAGAGGGUCUCCUGAGGCAGACCGCCAGCGACAUCACAGAGCUCGAGGAGAGGGCGCGGGGCGAGGAGCAGCUGUACUGGUCGGAGGUGCAGUCCCUCGGGCUGCGGGUGGACAGCCUGGAGGGGUGCAUCGGGUCCCUGGUGGUCCGGCGUGAGCGAGACGCCCUGGACGCGGAAGCAGACAGGGCGGCGGUGCAGAUGCGGCUUGCGGCGCUGGAGGCCGCUGCGCGGGGGCCGCCGUGCAGGCCGGCGCUCGGGCACGCCCGCCACGCGCAGCAGCGGCGGUGCGCCCGCGCCGCCGCGGCGGCCGCCGCGGAGCCCGCGAGCCACGACGACCCCUGCGCGGCGCGCGACACCGUCGCGCCGCAGCCGCGGGAGCCCGCCCCGGGCCUGCAGCUGCGGCCCGCGACGCCGCCCGAGCCGCCCGCGCCGGGCGAGCCGCGGAUGUCCGCACUGCUGGCUCGGCGCGUUGCGCCCGCGGCGGCGUCGCCGGGGCCGGGCGCGGGCGCGGCCGACGCCGCCGCGCGGCGGGGCGGCGGCGCCGCGUCCGCCGCCGAGGAGAUCGCGGUCGCCGCGCCGCGCCGGCGCGCGGCAUGCCGCACCCGCGACCCCAUUUCGCAG